AUGGAUGACGCUGUGGUGCUUGGAAAGAAAGGCUACAGCCUCAGCAACACGCUAGGAGAAGGCUCUUAUGGCAAAGUGAAAUCUGCCUACUGCAGCCGGCUGAAGUGCAAUGUGGCCAUCAAGAUAAUUGACAAGAGGAAAACUCCUCAGGACUUCAUUGAAAGAUUUCUCCCCAGGGAAAUAGAGGCUUUGAGAUGUUUGCACCACCCCUCCAUCAUCAAAACCUAUGAGAUCUUUGAGACAUCAGCUGGGAAAGUGUACAUCGUGAUGGAGCUGGGGGAAAAGGGAGACCUCCUGGACUACAUCAAGAUCACGGGAGCUAUGAAGGAGGACAUCGCUCGCACCAAGUUUCAGCAGUUGGCUUCUGCCAUCAAGCACUGCCACGACUCAGACUUUGCUCACAGGGACCUGAAAUGUGAGAACAUCCUUCUUGAUGAAAGCCUCAAUAUCAAGCUGUCAGACUUUGGCUUUUCCAAAUCCUUGUCUCGGGAUGAAAACGGAAGAACUAUUCUCAGCAAAACCUUCUGCGGGUCUGCUGCGUACGCAGCCCCUGAAGUGCUACAGGGCAUUCCUUGCGACCCCAGGAUUUCUGACAUAUGGAGCAUGGGUGUCAUCCUCUAUACAAUGGUCUACGCUUUAAUGCCAUUUGAUGAUUCCAACAUCAGGAAAAUGAUCUCUAUUCAGAAACAACACAGGAUUCCCUUCCCCAACUCAAAAUACCUGACUGUAGAGUGCAAGGACCUCAUUUACCACCUGCUCCAGCCCAACGUGUCUCAGAGGCUGUGCAUAGAUGAAGUUUUGAAACACUCGUGGUUGCAGACUCCAAGAUCCACAGUCCCCUCCCCUCUACCAGCCUCAGAAGAGGGUGAGUGUUCCCAAAACCUGCGUGAAAAAAAGCCUGAGCACAAGCAGCAAGCCAAAUCCCAUUCCACAGAAGGGGUAGGAGAAAAGAAAAUGGGAUCCCCUUAA